GGACCGUUAAGAAGUUACGUUCAGAAGCAUUUUUUUCUCUCUGCAUUAACUGUGAUUGCUGUAAGGAUGAUGGUGAUUACAGCGAUGGUGAUGCUAAUUGAAUGUCAUGUGAAUGAAGAAUGUAACGAUGAUGAUGGAGGGGCUACUGAAGGGGAUGGGGGAGGGGAGGCGAGUGUUGCGGCGAGGGAAGAGGACGGCCACAAAGCAUUGGCCGAAGUGUAUACGACGGGUACGAAAGGCGACGAACUGAAUUGA